AUGCUUUCUAAGGAAGAAAAAGAACUUUGUAGUGCUACUUUACCUUCUGAUAUACUUAGCAACCUUCCUGAGAAUGUACUUGAUGAAAUUCUUAUUCGUGUGCCUUUACGAGAUGCUGUGGGGACAAGUAUCUUAUCGAAGAAAUGGAGAUAUAAUUGGUGCAGACUUCCGGGGUUAACGCUUGAUCAAACACUUUGGGAUACAACAAAUAAGUCAACACGCUUUGUAACUAGGUUUACAGACAUAAUCUACCACCUUUUGGCACUUCACGUCGGACCAAUCACAAAGUUUAUCCUCUCUGAUAUUGCUAAACUUGGAAAUUACUCUAAAAUCGACAAUCUGGUACUGUUCCUCUCGAGAAAUGGUAUUCAACAUCUUGUUCUUAAAUUCCCAAAGAACAAACCAUACAAAUUGCCUUCUUCAUUUUUCACAUGUUUGCAAAUGAGACAUCUGAGUCUUCAUCACUGUUCAAUUCAGCCUUUAUCUACCUUCACAGGAUUUAGUGAGUUAGUUGAACUUGAACUGUAUGAAGUCACAAUUUCCUCUGAAAUGUUUGGAAGUUUAAUCUCUCAUAGCCAGUUGCUCGAGAAGUUGGUACUGCAAAUCUCAAGUAGUUUAGACCACAUUCAAAUUGAUGCUCCAAAGUUGAAAUCCUUUGAUUUCACAGGCAACGUAGAGUUAAUAUCGUUAAAGAAAGUACCCUUUCUUUUGGAACUUUCACUUUUUAGUACAGUAGCACCAUCUCCGGGGACAGGACAACAUGAUUUUACCAAGUAUUUUGAAUCUUUUCCUAAUCUUGAGCAUCUCCACUUGGAUUAUCGUAGUCUCCAGGUAAACAUUGCAUCAUGUCCCAUUGUGUGGGGUUUGACUCAAACCGUUUGAGUGUUCUUGAUUUUUUUUAAUGUUUCCUUCUUAGUUAUUGGCUGCAGGAUCAUAUGACAUAGCAGCAAAGCUUUCCUCUCCUCUUAAUGGUCUUAAAUGUCUUUGCUUAUCCGACAUUUGUUUGGAUGAAUUAGCCGAGCUUUCGCCUGCUCUUUGCUUGAUAAGAAGCUCUCCAUAUUUGCAAUAUAUU